UCAGAUUCGUGAAAUCUAGUGUAAUCUGCAAGCGUUGUUCUUCAGUUUGAUGGCCCAGAUGAAUUAACCACAUUACAUGCAGUUUAAUCUACUCCAAGGCAAAGAAAAUGAGGAAAGGAGUUACCAGGGAGCCACACCACGCUAAUGCGUUUGGCACUAAAGACUUUUCUUUGCAUACUUUUCCAUCCGAACAGACCAAAGACUUUGACUCAUCUGCUCCUGGAUCAUUUCUCCUAGUCGCGCAAUCCUGCCCUUAUUUACUUGUUGCCUCGACUGUUGUAGGGAAAGGGCCGAAACAGAAAAGAUAGAGAAAGCUGAUCUCUAAUGGCUUCAACUGCUUUACUGUUUCUUCUUCUCUCUGCAUUUUGUGUUGCAGCAUCAGCCCAACAAAGAGGUUCUAAUAUAAGUCGAGGUUCUUCUCUAACUCCCACUUCCAACUCCUUUUGGCUGUCACCCAACCGCCUAUAUGCCUUUGGAUUCUACAAGCAGGGUGAUGGCUAUUAUCUAGGAAUUUUUCUCAACGGAAUUCCCCAGAAAACUGUAGUGUGGACAGCCAACCGAGAUGAUCUCCCAGUCCCCAGCACCGCUACCUUGCACUUCACUAGUGAAGGCAGGCUCAGGUUGCAAACGCAAGGUCAGCAAAAGGAGAUCGCCAAUUCUGCUUCAGCUUAUUCUGCUUCCAUGCUGAAUUCGGGAAAUUUCGUGCUCUAUAAUUCUGAUGGGGACAUUGUAUGGCAGAGUUUUGAUCUCCCAACUGAUACCCUUUUACCAGGUCAACGUCUCUCUGCAGGGAAAGAGCUGCUUUCUAGUAUGUCAGAAACUAACCCCUCAACUGGAUUAUUUCGCCUGAAGAUGCAAAAUGAUGGGAACCUUGUGCAAUACCCGGUGGAAACUCCAGACACGGGAACAUAUGCUUAUUAUGCAUCAGGUACAGAUGGAAAAGGAGCUAAUGUGACCCUUAAUCUUGAUGAUGAAGGUCAUCUCUACUUGCUCAAUACAAAUGGUUCCAAUAUAAAGAAUAUAACAGAUGGUUAUAACAAGGAAAACCUCUAUCGUCUGAGAAUCGAUCCGGAUGGGAUCUUCAAACUGUACUCACAUGAUUUGGGUCAGAACGGCAGCUGGUCAAUUUUAUGGAGAUCUUCAGCCGACAAGUGUGCUCCUAAGGGUCUAUGUGGGCUUAAUGGGUUUUGUGUUCUGCUUGAUGACAGGCCUGACUGUGUCUGUCUUCCUGGAUUUGAUUUUGUUGUUGCAAGCAACUGGAGUUCGGGCUGCAUAAGAAAUUUCGAAGAAGAUAUUUGCAAAAGCAAGGAUGGAAGUACCAAAUACACCAUGUCAACAUUGGAUAACACCUGGUGGGAAGAUGCUUCCUACUCCACUCUAUCAUUACCAACCCAAGAAGAUUGUGAACAAGCCUGCUUGGAGGACUGUAACUGUGAAGCUGCCCUGUUUGAAGAUGGAAGUUGCAGAAAGCAACGGCUUCCUUUGCGAUUUGGGAGAAGAUCGCUAAGUAAUUCAAACAUACUCUUUGUGAAGGUGGGUUCCACAGAAGUUUCACAACAAGGAACCAAGAAAGAGAUCCGGACAGACAUCCUAGUUAUCAGUGUUUCAUUAGCUUCUUUUGCUCUCAUUAUCUUGGUCAUUUCUGGAGUUCUAAUUCAUAGAAAGAAUCUAUGGGCAUACAAGAAGAUCUCAGAGACUGGGAAUGUUGGAUUGACUGAAGGCGUUGCUCUGCGAUCAUUUACCUACAUGGAACUUGAGAAGGUUACCAACGGUUUUAAGGAAGAGAUUGGUAAGGGAGCUUCUGGGACUGUUUAUAAGGGAGCCAUAUCAAACGACCAGAGGAUUGUAGCAGUCAAGAAACUAGAGAAGGUGUUAGCUGAGGGGCAAAGAGAAUUUCAGAAUGAAUUAAAAGUAAUUGGGAGAACACACCACAGGAAUCUCGUCAGAUUGCUGGGUUACUGCCUUGAAGGGCCAAAUAGGCUUUUGGUAUAUGAAUACAUGAGCAAUGGAUCACUUGCAGAUUUGCUCUUCACACCUGGAAAACAACCUUGCUGGAUUGAGAGAAUGGGAAUUGCCCUGAACGUGGCAAGAGGCGUUCUCUAUCUGCAUGAAGAGUGUGAGACACAGAUCAUACAUUGUGAUAUUAAACCACAAAACAUACUCAUGGAUGAGUAUAGGUGUGCAAAAAUUUCUGACUUCGGAUUAGCAAAGCUGCUGAUGCAUGACCAGACCAAUACCUUUACCGGGAUCAGAGGAACAAGGGGCUAUGUUGCCCCUGAGUGGCAUCGCAAACUGCCAGUGACAGUUAAAGCAGAUGUUUACAGCUAUGGAAUUGUGUUGUUGGAGACCAUGUGUUGUCGAAAGAAUGUAGACUGGAGCCUCCCGGAAGAAGAAGCCAUUCUAGAAGAAUGGGUCUACCAUUGUUUCGAAGCUGGUGAGCUUGGUAAACUAGUGGGCUAUGAAGAGGUGGACAAGAGACAGUUGGAGAGGAUGGUUAAAGUUGGUCUCUGGUGCAUCCUGGACGAGCCAUCGCUUCGUCCAUCAAUGAAGAAGGUUCUCCUGAUGUUGGAAGGCACUGUAGACAUCCCAGUACCUCCAAGUCCUGUUUCUUUUCUUUCUGCCAUCUAGGGUCAGACAAUGCAUUUUUGUUUUCCCUGUUUCAUAAGCACUUACUGGCUGCACCUUGUGUUAAGAAUUUCUCUGCAAUUAAAUUAAAAGUAAAGCUUUGGUUUGUUCAA